GCACCAAACAAAGAUCACGCAAUUGUUCCUUUGAGGAUUCUGCAACUCAUGAACGAAAACGACCACGCAGUAAUUCCUCUAGAGCUUCUGCAACUAAGAAAAUCGACUCCAGCGAUAUCGAAUUCAGUGGAUCAAUUGACCAGUGCAAAGCAGAGCAAGGAUCCAGAAAGCAACUGUUGUUUGUGUGAAAAAGAAUUAGGUUUGUUUGAAUAUGAACAUUAUUAAAAAUUUUUUCUAUGGUCCAGAGCAAAUACGAAAAUUGCCUAAGGCUUUCAAUGGAAAGCUUGAAAGCAUAAAAAGAAGUAUCCUCUACGAUUUCCAUUCAAAAAUAGAUCAACUGAAUCGUUUAUUGCAAACAACCGAUGAUUCUCAACUUGAAGAAGCUUUACAAGGAAGAGAGAUACUGCCACCUUUCCCUACAACUAAGUUGGAAGAUUUUCUAACUUUUGAAAAGGAUCUUACUGAAGUUCCUGAGGUGACUGCAGCUUUCAACUUAUUAGACUUUUCUACAGCUACAAAUGCAGUUCUGCCAAUGAUUAUGAUGAAAGCUGUACAAAUGGAAUAUAGUGCCUUUGGUCGUAAAAGCAAAAAUCCAUCGAAACUUAAUUUUUCUCGGACGAAUGUGUAUUCUAUGAUAAAAGAGAUUAUGCUUCAGAAAUAUCCUAAAAUAACCGUUAAGUACUUCAACAGGGAACAGAGGAGGGGCAAGAUAAUGUCGUUUAAAUACUUAGGCAUUCUUAUCGCAAUUUUGGUGCAACGUGGUAGUCAGUCCUGUCUCUGCAAUGGAGACAGUGCUGCCGAUACUGCGCCAGUACUGACCAUCAGUUCUGUGCCAGUACUGAAGGCACAGUACUGGCCCAGUACUGCCCACCAGUUAGACCAGCAGUAUUUUGCCCAGUACUCGCUAACGGUUGGCUGCAUGACUGGGAUGUUAAAAAUUAACAUCCAAUCUUAUUGUGCUAAGUUCCUGAAAUGGUAUGAAAUGAUGAAAAACAAAAAUUGA